AUGGAUGCAGCUUUGACGUCAUCACACAAUGGGCAGGUGGGGCUGGUUGAACUCACCUUCCAUCCAGAGGAGUGCCAGUCUGUUGCAAGGAGUGCAGACCAUGCUUCCAGACAAUCCGUGCUGCAUGCCACAGCGCAGAGCUCCAUGCUGGCUACAGCCAAGGAAACAGGGCGAAAUCUAACAGCAAUUUCUGAAUUCAUCCUUUUGGGAUUUGGAGAUCUGCCUAAGCUACAGAUCUUUCUUUUCCUACUGUUCUUGGUGAUCUACUCGUUAACCAUGGCUGGAAAUCUACUCAUUGUGAUGCUAGUUGUGUCUGAUAGACACCUGCACACCCCCAUGUACUUCUUCCUGGGGAACCUAUCCUUCCUGGAAUCCUGCUACAGCACAACCAUCCUGCCUAAGAUGUUGUCCAGCUUCUUGACUGGGGAAAAAAGUAUAUACAUAAGAGCUUGCUUUAUGCAGUUUUUCAUUUUUUCUUGCUUAGGAGGUACUGAAUGCUACUUACUAGCUGUGAUGUCUUACGACAGGUACUUAGCAAUAUGUAAGCCACUCCAUUAUGCUGCUCUUAUGAGUGGCAGACUGAGCUUCCAGUUAGCAGCUGUGUCUUGGUUCAGUGGAGUUCUGGUUGGCACAAGCUUAACUUUGGCAGUUUCAUGGUUAUCCUUUUGUGGCCCCAAUGAAAUUGACCAUUAUUUUUGUGAUGUUAUUCCUGACAUAAGAUAUAUUUCUUGCAGUGACACUCAUUUAUUUGAAUUAUCAGGCUUCAUAUUUACCAGCAUAUUUACAAUGCCUCCUUUGGUCCUCACUGUGGCAUCUUAUGUUUUCAUCAUACAUACAGUCCUCAGAAUCCCAUCCACCACUGGGAGACAAAAGGCCUUCUCUACUUGUUCUUCUCACCUCAUUGUGGUUAGUCUUUUUUAUGGAAGUCUGAUGUUUGUAUAUAUGUUACCACGCACCAAGAACCUAAGGCACAUUAAAAAAGUCUUCUCUCUCUUCUACACAGUUUUGACCCCCCUAGUCAAUCCCCUCAUAUACAGCCUGAGAAACAAGGAAGUGAAGGGGGCCAUGAAAAGGGGUUUCAGAAAGUGUACAGUGUUCAUAACAUUAUGAUGACUUCAUCCAACACACACAUGUGCAUAUGCACACACAUAUGGACGCACACACUGAUUACAAUGGCUGGUGAAUCCAUUGGUUCCAUCCUUGCACCCGUCUAUAUCUAUGUGGUUGGGUUUUUUUAAAAAUCCCAUUGCAUCAUGUCCCCUUCUUUAGGAAAUGUGGUUGUCAUGACAGAAUGAUCAAAGGUGUCUACCUUAUGUUCCUUUUAUAUUGUGAGCCCUUUGGGGAUAGGGAACCAUCUUUUUUCUCUUUCUGUGUAAAUCA